AUGAAUUAAUUUAGUGAAUAAUGUAACUAAAUCACUUUACAAUAAAUGCAAAUCAUUCAAAAUUACUAUUAAAACUGUGUUUUCAAAUAAAAAGUAAAAGUACAUGAAAAUGACGAUAAAAAAGAUGAUGAAAAUACACCUAAUAAAAGUGUAAUACAAAACUAAUAAGAAGAACCACAAAAAUAAAUAAACAAUAAAUUUAAAAUUAUUUAAGAAAAUGAAUUACAUUAUAAUAGAUUUUCCAAAGAAAUACAUUAAUAAGAUUCAUAACUUGUAUUUGAUUGUUAAUUUUGUCCAAAAGUAUUUAAAAAUAAUGUAAGUUUGUAUUGGCACACUUGUUAAAAACAUGAAUUAGAAAAUUAGUGA